ACCACUUCAAUGUGGGCCAGGCCAGUCGCGCCCCUCUCCUCGUACAGCUCCGGGAUCUCCACGCCGACGAGGCCGACGCCGACGAUUUGCUCCCUGCGGGCCUCACGGUAGCGCUCGUGGCCUCGCCGGUCGUCUGUCGCCGUCGCGCACGCUCGCAUCCCCUCCCUCCCUCCUCUUACCCCGUCGCGCGCACACGAGCCGCGCCGCCUCCAAGGGGGUCGUCCGCCUGCCCGUUGGCCCUGUCGUCUACCCCGCGCUCCCGUGCGUGGAGCCGGUGCUCUCGCUUCCACACCCCUCGCUGCCCUCCUCACCCUCGCCGUCGAGGUCUCAAUCCCCGGCCGAAUCAAAGGCGGCCCACUCAAGAUUUGACAAGUGGACGCGGAGAUAGCAGAGGAGCCAAUGCCUUGUUUAGUUGAUAUACGAUCCAAGAUAAGCCUUGGAGAUGAAUUGAUUACUUCAGUGCCAGAUAAAAAGGACUCACUCUGCCAACAAGAUGACCAGUCACAGGGUGGUGAUAUCGACAUUUUCAGGGCCGGAUCUACCCUGAGGAUAUCUGGUGCCUUGUACAUUCCCUAAUGCCAUUGUGUGAUUCUGCCCACUCUGCCUGUGUCUCUCGCACAUUUCUACGUUCUUGGAGAUGCCACCCCAAGCUUAUCUUCACUGAGGAAACACUAGGCUUGAAACGGACGGAAGCAAGGGAUUUCACUAGCAGAGUUAAUCAAAUUCUGAAAAAUCACUCAGACACCGGUGUGAAGAUACUCGAGUUUGUAUUCGAUGAUCGUAACAAUGUCAACACAUGUCAUCUAAAUAGUUGGCUCCAGAAAGCUGUCACGCCAGGGAUUGAAAAAAUCACCCUUUUUCUGCCUUGGCGAUAUAGGGAAGAGUACAACUUCCCAUGCUCAAUUUUACUUGAUGGGCGUGGAAACUCAAUUUGGUAUCUUGACCUCACCAAUUGUGCCUUCCAUCCCAUGGUUGGAUUUGAUUGCUUGAGAAGCCUGACAAAGCUGCGUCUCUAUGGAGUUUGUAUCACGGGGGAUGAGUUAGGGCAUCUUAUUUCCAAUUGUUUUGCUUUGGAGGAGUUGCAAGUCUGGUGUUGCAUGGAGCUAAUCUGCUCGACGAUACCAUUCUGGCUGCAGCGGCUUAGUUGUUUGACUGUGUCAGAGUGCGAUAUGCUGCGAGUGAUAGAGAGCACAGCUCCAAACCUCACCACUUUAGACUUCUUUGGUGAACCAGUACAACUCGUGCUUAGAGAAUCAUCAAAGGUCAAACACUUGAAGGUGGGGUAUUCAUAUACGCCCAAUGCUGUAAGUUAUGCUAUCACUAAGCUACCUUCUAUUGCACCACAUCUUAAGACUCUUGCCAUAUACUCGUCUUCUGAGACGGUUAAUACCCCAAUGGUAGCUGACAAAUUCCUUGCCAUAAAGCACUUGAAUAUUCACCUUGGUGAGGAUUAUGAUGAUGCUGUUACCCCAACCUAUGAUUAUUUAUCCUUGGCUUCGUUUCUGGAUGCUUGUCCUGUCCUGGAGAGUUUCAACUUAAGUGUGGAUCAGAGUGACAUGCAGCAUGAUUCGGUUUUUGGGGAUCCCUCCUUAGGUUUGAGGCAGAUUCUUCAACACAAGCAUGAGAGGCUCAAGAAGGUCCAGAUCAUUGGCUUCUGCUCUGCAAAGAGCAUGGUUGAGCUAACAUGUGAUAUUCUCAAGAAUGCAACAUCACUUGAGAGCCUCACACUGGACUGUAUAUAUGGUGCGGGUACGGGGGCGAUCAGUGAUUCUGUUAGGUGUGGUCCCUCAAGAUCCGGUAAAUGCUGGAUCAGAAGCCAAGCUAUGAUCUUGGAAGCACAUAAAGCAGUCGGUGCCAUCAAAAGAUACAUCCUGGAGAGAGUUCCCCCUGCAGUCAAGUUAAAUGUUGGGGGGCCUUGUAGCCGGUGCCAAGCUAUGGAUGUGAUGCUACCGCAAUUAUCCAGUGUUUAGAUUUGCAAUGUUGCAGAUGCUGUCGUCGUGUGCUGCUUAUAGCUAGUAUAUGCAACGCCGAAGGUUGUCAGAGUUUUUCUAUGCUAUGCACCUUUUUGGCGUCUCUUAACACUGCAAGUUGAUUGUUACUCCACCUAAAUUAGAGCUAAGGCUAGCUAUGCAAAUACAUUUUGGUGUGUUUGGUUCCAAAGUAUUUUUAAGUAGAGAUUAAGUAUUCUAAGAA